AUGGGCCGCACUGUCGACCAGGAGGUGCACGCGGCGUUUGUCGAGUUCCGCGCCAAGGAAGAUGACAAGUGCCUUUCCGUUCAGUGCAUCUACUGUCAACAGAUCCGCGCAAAGAAUACCUCGAGACAGAAGCAGCAUCUGCUCGAGUGCCCUGGCCUUCGUGGUCACCCCAACGCCCCUCAGCCAAAUCAGCCUUCGCAAGCUCCCAAUGGCAUCGGCCCUACCAAUGGCUAUCCUGGCACUCCCAGUGGCCCGACAGCUACUCCAGGUCCCGGUGGCCCUACGACCAUGCCCACUCCUAAUGGCAACCUCAUGUCGAACGGUGUGAAUCCGCACGCCACUCCCCUCCAGACCCCUCUGCAGAACUUGAGUCGCCCUCCCUUGUCGACUCCAGGCCCCGCAACUGGUCCCCCUGGCUCUGCUCCUCCAUCGGCCGCGCCAUCUCGCCCGACGCCCAAGCCCAAGUCCAAGAGCGCGAAUUCUAAUCUUCCUGCGCCGCCUUUGGACGACGUGCACGCGGCCUUUGUGGAGUUCCGCGCGAAGGAGGAAGACAAGUGUCUGUCUGUCCAGUGCAUUUACUGCCAACAAGUUCGCGCCAAAAACACCAGCCGUCAACGCCAACAUCUGCUCGAGUGCCCCACCUAUCUCAGUGUCAUGAAGGACUCUAUUCCCGCGAACAACCUUCUCCACACAUUUCCCGAAGGCGAUGUUGCGCGAUCCCUCCAAAUUCCUGCUCCCACACUUGAGCUUGACUUCAGAAUGAGUAUCAAGAUGAAUCCUAAGGUUACCGUGGGCCAGAGCAUCUGGGGAGGUCGCGAAUGGGUCUCCUUCUUGGGUGGUCAGUGGGCCGGCCGUUGGGGCAAAGGUAUCGUCCUGCCCGGCGGUCAAGACACCCAGAUCGUGACCAAGGACUUUACCACCAACCUUCGCGCGAACUACAUGCUGCAGACAGCCGAUGAGCCGCCUGCUUAUGUGAUCGUCCGUGCCGAGGGAUGGCUUACCGGUGCCAAGGAUGUCCUUGAAAAGGUCAAUGACCCCAACAUGGCCGACGGUAUCAAUCCUGGCAGCUACAAGUAUCGCAUCAACCUGUCCAUGGAGACCGGUGAUGAGCGUUACACAUUCUUGAACACCCUCAUGUGGGUCGGCAGUGGAUGCCGACGUGGACAAGAAGUGAUUUUCGACGCUUUCCGUAUCAAUUAG